AUGGCACUUUACAGGCUUCUGAAAGUUUUACAGCCUACAGGUUUGUUUGGUGUAUCUGCUCUUGUUGUUCGAGACUUCUUCUAUGUUAACAUGGCUAAGACCUGGCUAGAGGCUCAGAGCUACUGUAGAGAAAAACAUACCGACUUGGCUACUGUAGACAACAUGAGGGAGAUGAAGACAUUGAUAAAUCAAGUGGAUCCUUUGUACUUGGGUGAUGUGUGGAUUGGACUGAGGAAGGGAGCAGCGACCCAUUGGGGCUGGUCUAUGGGGGACGACACUGUGCAGCAGUACAGUGCGUUUAAUGCCACAUCAAGCACAUUCUUUAUAAAUGGAUCUUGUGGGUCAAUCAAUCAAGAUGGAUACUGGUAUUCCCUUAACUGCUUUUCCCUACAAAGAUUUAUCUGCUAUGAUGAAUACAGUCAGGUGAUAUAUUCCCUGCCUUACAAAUUCACUUGGAGAGAGGCUCAGGCACACUGCAGAUUGAAGUACACUGACUUGGUGGGCAUCCACAAUGCAGAUGAGCAGCAAACAGUUCUUAGCCUUGUUUCCACAGAGUAUGUGUGGAUCGGGCUGUUUAGUGAUGACUGGAAAUGGUCAGAUGAGGCCACUUCCUUUUUCCGCUAUUGGGGAUCCGGAAAACCACUUAGGCUGUUUAACAUCUCAAAUUGCGUUGUCAUGCAGAUGAAUGAUAAUGGGAUGUGGGAUGAUUCACUUUGUGACAGAAAGUUGCCAUUCAUGUGUUAUGAAGUUACUACACCUAAGGAAAAACAAGUAGUGAAAAUUAAGGUGAGAUCACAAAGAAUGACAGAUUUGAAUGAUCCAUCCGUGAAGGCAAACAUUUUGAAUAAGAUUGAAGAAAUGCUGACAAGAAAGAGAAUGAUCAAUUACACCCUUAGCUGGAGAGAGAAGGACGGAAUCGUCUUUCAUCCCGAAUCUGAUAACGUGCAGCAGAAGAACAUGUCUGAUGAGCUGUAGAUUCUUCUAACGUUCCUGAUUCUUUUUUUUUAAACUAAUGCAUAUUUUAUAUUGAAAGUCUUGUUUAUCAACUUUUCUUCUUAUUUUAGUCUGAAAUUUAAAAUAUUUUUUAUUUUAUCCAUGUCUUUUAUAGCUUAAAGAUUCCUGAGGAUACUUGUACAUUUGCCUUCAGGAAACAUACAGUUUUGCACUGAAUUAAAUAAUCUAUUGCAUGAAUUUAUUUGCAGGUCUAAUAAUUUUAUUUAUAUUAUAGAAUUAGUAGAUUCUAUAGAUUUUUAUAACCAGGGUAAAAUUUAAUAAUACAAUACACACAAUCUGUAUUUGAUGGUUUUAUACUGUAGUGUCCUUUGAAAAUGACAGCCAUUAAUGUCAUUGUGUUCAUUGUGUUGAGUAGUAUGUUUUAUUUUUUAACAUACUGCAUAUUCAUUUGCAGUGAUUUCCUUUAAGCAAAAACUAGAACAUAAUACCCACUUACUAGCUUUUGAA